AUGACACCUCCCGUUUGUUUUUGGUGUGAAAUGAGCGCCGCCGGGGAAGGCAGCAGCGUGCUCCGGGAGGCCCAGAUUCCCAUCUGGGAGGAGGCCGAGUGCCGGAAGGCGUACGAGAGACACCUGCCCAUCGAGAAGACUCAGCUGUGCGCGGGAGACGCCAACGGCAAGAAGGACUCCUGCCAAGGCGACUCCGGAGGUCCGUUGGUGCUUCCUUUCGAGGGCCGCUACUACGUGCUCGGCGUGGUGUCGUCCGGGAAGGACUGCGCCACUCCGGGCUUUCCGGGCAUCUACACCAGGGUGACCAGCUACCUGGACUGGCUCAAGGGCAUCAUCAACUGAAAAGGCCCUUCCACUCAGUGUCCCAUUAUCGGCUCACUCUGCGUCGUUUGGACAUAAUGACAGCAAGUGUGAGACCAGCUGGCCCAGUGCACCGAGGGAACUUGGAAUAAAAGCGUCCU